AAGCCCCUCAACUGGCAGAGACGGUGGGGCGGGGGUGGGGGGGGGCAAGCUUCAGAGCCACGGAGGAGAUCGCAGCAACAGGGGUGCAGAGGGCAAAAAAAUUUGAUCAUUUGACCAAAAUGCAGUGACCAGAGGCUGGCAGAACUCAACCCCAUACAUCCCCUAGCGUGGUCCAGUGUCUGCUAAUCCAGUGUUCCUGGUGACAUUGUAGAACAUAACUUCCACGAACAUGGAGACAGUAGACCGGAUUAACAUUCACAGGGCAGCAUGGUGGCUAAGAGCAUAGGCUCUGGAGGCCAGCUGUCUGGUUCUAAGUCUGCCAUUUACAUAGUGGUGUGAAUUUGGAUAACUCAUUAGCCUCUUUGCAUCUCAGUGUCCUUUUUGAAAAUGAGGUACUAAUAUUAGUACCUAUCUCAUCAUUGGGGUGUCGUUAGAGUUAAAUAACAUGCAGCCGAUGAAGCACUCAGCACAGUGUCUGGUAGAUGUCCUCAACGUGUAAGUUAUCACUAUUAUUAAUAUUAAUUUAUAUUUGAAACAAGAAUGAUCAUGUUUGUUUAGGUAAUUAUAAACAUAGACACAUGCAGUUUUAGAAUUUCAGAAGCUGCACAACAAAGAACAUAAUAACUAAAAUGGAGUUACCAUUCUAACACCAUUUUUCCCUAAAUGACUGACAAAUAUGGCCAGUGUAGAGAAAAACAUUUCACCUGAAAUGAGUAUGCGUGCUUCUGUGAUUUAUAAUAGGAAAUAUAUAUAUCUUGAUCUGUGCCCCUGGCUCCUAAAGCCCUUGUAAAUUCCUAGGUGACAAGAGCAUUAGGAGCAUCUUUUGUUCUAGUAUUUGGUCACUGACCCCAGUUUGUGACACAAGGGAAACCCUUGUAAUUUCCUGGUGAUAGGAGUGUCUUUUGAUCCAAUGAGGUGACUGGGUGGGCUCUUGGAUGGCUCCUGGAUAAGGGCUCGGGAGAGACCAAGCCGUGAUUAGAAGCUUAGAAUUUUCAGUCCCACCCCCCAUGCUCUUGAGAAGGGAGAAGGACUGGAAAUGAAGUUAAUAAUUGAACUUGCCUGUGUGAUGAAGCCUCCAAAAAAAUCGCAAUAACAUGGGGUUGAGAGAACUUCCAGUUUGGUGAACACAUCCAUGUACAGAAAGGGUGACACACCCCAACCCUACUGGAGACAGAAGCUCCUGCACUCAGGACCCUCCCAGAUCUCGCCUUAUGUAGCUCUUCAUCCGGCUGUUCAUCUGGGUCCUUUAUCAUAUCCUUUAAUAAACUGGUAAACCUAAAUAAAUGUUUCCCUGAGUCUGUGAGCCACUGUAGCAAAUAAUCAAAUCCAAGGGGAAGAAAGUCAUGGGAACCUCUGAUUUGUAGCCAAGACAGAGAGAAGUUGUGGGUGACCUGGGGAUCUACAACUUGCAAUUGGCAUCUGAAGUGGGGAGCAGUCUUGUGGAACUCAGCCCUUAACCUGUGGGAUGUGACGCUAUCUCCAGGUAGAUAGUGUCAGAAUUGAGUUAAAUUGUAGGACACCCAGCUGAUGUUGCAGAAUUGUUUGAUGUAGGGGGAAAAAACACACACAUUUGGUGACCACAAGUGUCAGAAGUGAAGUAUUCUGUGUGAAAGUAAAGGAGACACAUGGGAGGUGGAGACCUGUGGUUUUCCCUGCACAGAAGGAAAAACUGGGUGGUUUUCAACCCAACAUCAUUUUGUAUCACCACUUUCUUUGCCCACAUUCUAGUGGAAAUGAAAUGGGGAAGAAAAGGCAAAGGAUAAAUGAAAUGGAGAAGACAUUUUCUAAAUAAUGCACAAAUAGGAUAGCUAACCUAAAAAAUCCAUCAAAAUUUACUCAAAAAUUUAUCUACACUUAAAACAUUUAUGACAGCCAUCUACCCCUCGAUAAUCUUGAAUUCUGUCCCCCCUACAAAAUUUUCUUAUGCCUUCUUAUUAGAUCAGAUAAACACAAACUGAAACCUAGUCCCUGGUCCAUUUUGGGUUUCAUGGAACUAAAGUCACAAAGGGUGUUCAUGAAACACUCAGUUUACUUCCCCUUCAAUCUCCCUUCCUUGGCUGACUGCCGUGGAUACCUAUUAUACUAGAAAAUCAAUCAUCAAUAAAUCAAUAGAAGAAACAAAGUUUGCUAAAUUUCCUUUAAACCACUCAGAUUUGAAUGAUUCAUCGUGCCAAAUUUGGCUGGAUUCUUUCAAGAUCCAGGCAUCAGUUCAUCAGAUAUUUGUUAUUAUGGUUGGAUUAACAGUUUUUUGUUUGUUUUAUUUUAUUUACCUUUCGACUGAAUUACUUUAAUUUCUGGGUGACUUUGUCCUUCAGUUUGUGCUCUUUGUGUUAUUAUAACUAUGUGCGUAAUUAGGCAGCUAUACUAUAGGGAGUAGAGAGUAUGUCAGGUCUACAUCCUUGAGGGCCAUGGGUUAGAAUUUGAUUCGACAGAAAGGAUGUAACUUAACAAUGUAAAGGGAACAUUCUGUAAAUUAUUUUCUAAGAGUCCAAGAUGGGAGAAUAGUUUUGAUAUGAUAGGCAACUGGAAGCCACAUUAGUUUUUUGACCUAAUAACUGCUAACAUUUAUUGAACGGUUAUGUGCCAGCAGUGUCUUAAGUGCUUUGCAUGUAUUAAUUUAUUUACUCCUAGCAGUCCUAUAGAGUAGGUACAGUGAAUAUUCCCCGACUGUCAUUGCCCAGCCAGGAAAACAGAAACCAUUGUAGGUAUUUCAAACAAGGUAUUUAAUACAAGGACUUGGUUGCAAAAGUGUUGGAAGGACUAGAGGAAUAAAGGGGGAGAAGAUAAUAUAACUUCAGGAAGGUACUUCCCUAAAAUUGGAAGAGAAAUACUCACAGGGCUGUAGCUGCUGCUGAAACCAGUAAUCCUGCCAGAGCCCACAGUUGCCCGCAGCUGCCAAGGUCACACCUGCCAUCUGUGUUACAGAAACCCACCAGAGUUGUCUGCUGCUGAAGGAGCCAGAAAAUAAAUGAUCCCCCUUUCAAUCUCUUUCUUUUAUAUUUUAAUAUUUUUAAUGUUUAUUCUAUUUUAUGAUUUUGUUCUUUUAUUUUUAAAACAUAUUUGCAAACUCUGCACAAACUAAACAUCCAUCAACGGAGGAAUGGAUAAAGAAGAUGUGGUACAUAUAUACAAUGGAGUGUUACUCAGCCAUAAAAAAGAAUGACAUGAGGCCAUUUGAAGAGACAUGGAUGGACCUCGAGAUUGUCAUACUGAGUGAAUUUAGCAAUGGAGUCUUUCUCUGCUGAGACCAAUUCAACUGACGUACCAUCACAGCCCUGGGAUGAACCCCAAGUAAUCCUCUCCAUGGUCAUUCUCAGUUUCACUUUCCUACUGGGAUUGCCAGGCAACGGGCUGGUGCUGUGGGUGGCUGGCCUAAAGAUGCAACGAAGUGUGAGCACCGUUUGGUUUCUCCAUCUCACCUUGGCUGACUUUCUCUGCUGCCUCUCGCUGCCCUUCUCCCUGGUUCACUUGGCUCUCCAAGGACGCUGGCCCUACGGCUGGUUCCUAUGCAAGCUCAUCCCCUCCACCAUUGUCCUCAACAUGUUUGCCAGCGUCUUCCUGCUGACCGCCAUUAGCCUGGACCGAUGUCUUUUGGUACUCAAGCCAAUCUGGUGCCAGAAUCAUCGCAACGUGGGGGCAGCCUUCACUAUCUGUGGAUGUAUCUGGGUGGUGGCUUUUGUAAUGUGCAUACCUGUGUUCAUAUACCGGGAAACAUUCACUAUAGACAACCAUAGUAUGUGUGGCUACAAUUUUGGUCUCUACAGAUCAUUAGAUUAUUCAGACUUCAACUUUGAUCUACUGGAAAACGGGUCUCUUGACAACUCCAUUGUUGAGCUGCCUGAAGAAACGGAUGAUAGGUUAGAUUCUUUCUCUCAACAAACAAAUGCUUGUCCCUGGGCAGCCACUGCUGGCCUCUGUUCUCAAAUAUCUCAAAGAACUUCUGGACAUUCACUCCCUACGGAUUCAGCUAGAUUAUCUGUUCAACAUCCAUAUUAUAAUGUAUUUAAACCAGCUGAUGAGCUCUCAGCUACAAUCCCCAGUGAUUUUCCCAUUGAAGAUCACAGAACUAACCCACUGGAGAACUCUGAUGCUUUUCUUCCUGCUGAUUUAGACCUUUUCGCUAGUGCCUCCGGCAACUCCUCAUACACAUCGGAGCUAUUGGAAGAUUUCCAGGAUGAUGAUUUCGGCCAAUUUGCAUACGGCCAUCAAGUGCCAGCACCCCAGGUAGCAAUAACCAUCACUAGGCUAGUGCUGGGUUUCCUGUUACCCUUUAUCCUCAUGGUGGCCUGUUACAGCCUCAUUCUCUUCCGAAUGCGUUGGAGCCGCUUCACCAAGUCUCGGAGCAAAACCUUGAGAGUGGCUAUGGUGGUGGUGGCUGUCUUCCUCGUCUGCUGGGCUCCGUACCACGUUGUUGGAACCCUCUUACUGUUUAUUGACCCAGAAACUCCCUUUGGGGAAGCUCUGUUGUCCUGGGACCACGUGUCUCUUGCUUUAGCAUCUGCCAAUAGUUGCUUCAAUCCCUUCCUCUACACCCUUCUGGGGAAAGAUUUCAGGAAAAAAGCAAAACAGUCCAUGCAGGGAAUUCUGGAGGCAGCUUUCAGUGAGGACUUGACACACUCUACCAGCUGCCCCCCAAAGAAAGUCUCUUUGGAAAAAAACAGUAUCAGUACAGUUGUGUGAAAAUAUGGAGCAGCUGACCCAACCAGAGGUUCUUAGGCAUUCACCCAGCGCAUCAUAUUUCUAAAAAGACAACAGAGAUAGGGAGCAGGGCAUUUCAGAAACUGUCAGAGAAUCAAUCCAGAGGGUCUUAAAGUGUGGUCCCAGACUAGUGGCAUCGGUAUCACCUGGAAAGUUGAUAGAAAUACAAAUUCUCCAGCCCCACCAGAGACUUGCUGAAUCAGUCUCUGGGGGUGGGGCUCAGACAGUGUUUUCCCAAGUUCCCUUGUUUCGGAUGAAUGCUAAAUUUGGGAAGCAUUGUAAAAAUUAGUCUAUUUCUAUCUCAAACAAAGCCACGUGAAAUAAAUGCGAAGGCAGUCUCCUUUAAAAUGUUUCCAUCAUUAAAUUUCUUUCUAAUUUCCUUCCAGAUUCAAGUUAAAACCAUUUCUUCUAGUCCUACCUGAGUGAAAGGUGAUCAUUUAUUCUAUGGCUUUGUUGUGGUGAUGGUGGUGGUGAUAGUUUUAAAUGAAAAAAAAAAAGGUGCAAAAAGAAAGUCUAUAAAAACAAGGAGUUAUGAGUCUGAGUCUGGAGCAGAGUACAAUGCCAGAUGCCUGCAACUUGGAAUACUCCUGGAUACAGGACGUAGGAAUUCUGAGUUUCCAUUAUUACAACUAAAUAAGCGUCUAUUGUGUAAAGACAGACUACUUAGGCAUCUAAAGACUUUCUCAUGAAACAGUAUGUAAGCCACAGUUCGGGGAGUUCUCUCUUCCCUCUGUUUGCUCUAUCUGCCUAUUGAUAGAAUCAUCUCUCUUUCAUUCCUUUUCUUAAGCUCCUUAAUUCCCUUAUUCCUCCCCUGCCUCUAAAUCUUCUUCCAGACUUUAUGCCUCUAAUAACCAAUAGUUUCAUAAGAUGCAAAUUACUCCCCUCCUCUAGCUCCACAUUGGUACUUUCCAAGAAACUCAUUUCAAAUGAAAGGAGAAAGACGGUGGAGGAUAGGGCAGCAAUUCUUGAAUUCACUGCAAUGUAACUGAGUACCCUCUGGGCACGUUAUCCAACUUUAAAAGAAAACAUGACUGUAGGUGUGUAUCUUUCAUGCCGUAAUUACCAGAUAUAUCUUCGGGUUUUUUUUUUAAUUAAUCUUUAUCUUUACCAAAGUAAUACAUGCACAUAACUUAAAGAGAACCUAAGGCUCAUAAUGAAAUCUAACAGGUUUCCUGCCCCACUCUGCCCAGCCCCUCCUUCCUCCCACUCCCACUUCCCAGGGAUAACCUUUGAAACGAUUUUAGAUGUUUCCUCUGAUAUUCACCAUGAUAGUUCUAAGUCAUGACCUUAUGCUGCUAAGUUUUCGUAGACGUAUAAAAUGACUUCUUGUUUUGAAAGACGACGAUUUUUAUCCAAACACAUUCAUAUUUUUUGUUUAUUCAGCAUCCCAAUAUUCAUUACCCAUCAUCCUUUAAAUUUGUUCACGAUCACACAUUUUCUUCUACUUUGUCGACCCAUUCCAACCCCCCUUCUCUUUCUCUUUCUCUUUCAUUUUUUUCAGAAAACAUUAGUAAACCCCCAUCACCUCAUUUUUCUCUGUAUAUAAAGUUUUAUGUGUUAAACCUCUAAAUUUUCAGGUUUUGUUUGUACUACAACAUAGCCUCAUCUGUGUACAGUGAUUUAAUCUGAAAAAUAGAAAAUGAGAUGUCUUAGACUUUACAAGGCACUAUCCUUUGUUCAGUGGUUGAGGGGAGGGUCUGGACUACAAAUAAGUUAUAAAGUACUAUGUGGAAAAGUGUCAAAUCACUAGGAAUGCUUUCAGUUGUGCAGUAAUGAUAUCUGACAUGAUGUGAGAUUUGCCAUGCUACCUUCCAAUUUAAUCUGAUCAUAUAUUUGAUGUGAAUAAAUGCUUUAUUUCUGAAUGUUUCCUUGCAAGGCU